AUGUACAUCGUUUAUGUUUGGUCGAUGCUAAAUCCGGAUAUUAUCAUCCAAUUCUACUUUGUCCCUCUUAAAUCAAAAUAUUUCCCUUGGGCUCUCUUGGCGGUGAAUUCAUUUAUAUUUGACAAGUACUUCCCUUCAGAAAUGGCUGGAAUUUUGAUAGGGAAUCUCUAUGUGGCACUAUUCAAGUGUGAAUCCAAGUUAAAAUCCCUCCAUCAAACGAUAACCAGAUUAUCUUCACGGCCAGGAAAGGCACUGGGUAAGCCUGAGCCCAAUCAAGUGGCCAAAAGCCGCCUCAAGUACUUUGAAAAGACCAGCUUAAAUACUGAAGCCAAAUUUACAGCAUCGGAUUCGAAAGCCGAUUUGCUAUCAAAAAUCGAUGAUGCAGCCACUAGGCCUUCUUCCAACUGCGGAUAUAUGGCAUCUAUCACUAGCUGUAAACAGGACUAG